GCGGUACUAUGGAGAUGAAGUGACAAAUGAAGCAGAAGCAAAAGAGUUUAGGGACUUAAUAGCAGAGGCAUCUAGGAAUGGUGGAGCAGCAAACCCAGCAGAUUUCUUUCCGAUGUUGAACUGGAUCGGUCAAUGGUAUGAAAAGAAGGAUAAGAAGCAUGGAAAGAGAAUGGACGUGCUCUUUCAAAAGUUGAUUGAUGAGCACCGAAGUAAUAGGCAGGAAAAUCCUAGUAUGAUUGCUCACCUUCUUUCCUUGCAAGAAUCCGAGCCUCAUUACUACACUGACGACAUUUUGAAAGGGCUCAUAUUGGUGAUGAUACUUGCAGGAACAGACACAUCUGCGGUCACAUUAGAGUGGGCAAUGUGCAAUUUGCUUAACCACCCAGAAGUGUUGAAGAAAGCUAGAGCUGAAAUAGACAGUCAAAUUGGCCAAGAAAACUUGAUUGAUGAGCCAGAUGUUUCCAAACUGAAUUACCUUCAAAGCGUCAUAUCCGAGACUCUUCGAUUAUACCCUGCAGCUCCUCUCCUGGUUCCACACAUGGCAUCCAGUGAUUGCACAAUAGGUGGAUACGACGUACCACGUGACACGAUCGUUCUGGUCAACGCAUGGGCUAUUCAUAGGGAUCCAAAACUAUGGGAUGAUCCAACAAGUUUCAAGCCGGAGAGAUUCGAAAACGAGAAAGGAGAAUCACACAAGCUCAUGUCAUUUGGACUGGGAAGGAGGGCAUGUCCAGGAGCAAGCCUAGCUCAGCAUUUGGUGGGAUUAACUCUGGGAUCAUUGAUUCAAUGCUUUGAGUGGGAAAGGGUUGAUGAGAAGGAAAUUGACAUGACUGAAGGAACGGGAAGCACCAUGCCGAAAGCUCAGCCAUUGGAGGCUAUGUGUAAAGCU